AUGAGACUCUCUAUUACAAUAGCCGUCUCCGCCGCCAUCACGGCCUGGGCUGCUCCAGCUCCUAUGCCCAUGCCUAUACCGCCCGGUAUUCCCUCAGAUGAUGGCGCCAGAGCUGCUCUCGACAACCUCAUAGUCGCCGUCCCCGGCUCCGGCAGCGAUUACAACCGUACUUUGUUUCCCCAUUGGAUCACCAUCUCCGGCACCUGUGAUGCUCGCGAGUUUGUGUUGAAGCGUGAUGGUGCGGGUGUCGUAGUCAACAGUGCUUGUGUGCCCACUUCUGGAAGUUGGAUCAGCCCUUACGAUAAUGCAGCAUUCACGAAUGCAUCCAAACUGGACAUUGACCACAUGGUUCCUCUAAAGAAUGCAUGGAUUUCUGGUGCUUCAGACUGGACUACGCCACAGCGUCAAGCCUUUGCCAACGACAUCACCAUUCCUCAGCUUUGGGCCGUUUCUGCAAGCUCAAAUCGCUCCAAGGGCGACAAGAGCCCCGAUAAGUGGAAGCCUCCCCUGUCGAGCUUCUACUGCACUUACGCCAAGUCCUGGAUCGAGGUCAAGAGCUCUUAUGCGCUGACAAUUUCGAGUGCGGAAAAGACGGCACUAGACAGUAUGUUGGAUACUUGCGAAUAA